AUGUCUGAUGGUCAGAAAGGGACCACGUCUAAUGAUCAGAAAAGGACCACGUCUGAUGGUCAGAAAGGGACCAUGUCUGAUGGUCAGAAAGGGACCACGUCUAAUGAUCAGAAAAGGACCACGUCUGAUGGUCAGAAAGGGACCAUGUCUGAUGGUCAGAAAGGGACCACGUCUAAUGAUCAGAAAAGGACCACGUCUGAUGGUCAGAAAGGGACCAUGUCUGAUGGUCAGAAAGGGACCACGUCUAAUGAUCAGAAAAGGAUCACGUCUGAUGGUCAGAAAGGGACCAUGUCUGAUGGUCAGAAAGGGACCACGUCUAAUGAUCAGAAAAGGACCACGUCUGAUGGUCAGAAAGGGACCAUGUCUGAUGGUCAGAAAGGGACCACGUCUAAUGAUCAGAAAAGGACCACGUCUGAUGGUCAGAAAGGGACCAUGUCUGAUGGUCAGAAAGGGACCACGUCUAAUGAUCAGAAAAGGACCACGUCUGAUGGUCAGAAAGGGACCAAGUCUGAUGGUCAGAAAGGGACCAUGUCUGAUGGUCAGAAAGGGACCACGUCUAAUGAUCAGAAAAGGACCACGUCUGAUGGUCAGAAAGGGACCACGUCUAAUGAUCAGAAAAGGACCACGUCUGAUGGUCAGAAAGGGACCACGUCUAAUGAUCAGAAAAGGACCACGUCUGAUGGUCAGAAAGGGACCAUGUCUGAUGGUCAGAAAGGGACCACGUCUAAUGAUCAGAAAAGGACCACGUCUGAUGGUCAGAAAGGGACCACGUCUAAUGAUCAGAAAAGGACCACGUCUGAUGGUCAGAAAGGGACCAAGUCUGAUGGUCAGAAAGGGACCAUGACUAAUGAUCAGAAAGAGAAAACGUCCAAUAAUUGGAAAGGAACCAUGUUCAAUGGUCAGAAAAACUAUUGGAGGUUCGGGGAUGAAUGUUUACACUGUGUAUAUUAA